ACCAGGAAAAACUACAUGGUAAAGAACCUGAAGCGGUUCCGGAAGCAGCUGGAGCGUGAGGCAGGAAAGACGGAGGCAGCCAAGUGUGACUUCUUCCCCAAAACCUUUGAGAUGCCCUGUGAAUACCACCUGUUUGUGGAAGAGUUUCGCAAGAACCCUGGCAUCACCUGGAUCAUGAAACCUGUCGCCCGAUCUCAGGGGAAGGGCAUAUUUCUCUUCCGGAGACUGAAAGACAUCAUGGACUGGAGGAAGGGCACUGCAGGGAAGAAACUCGCCAGUGUGGAGACGCAGCCUGCUCGUGCCAACCUGAACCCCUCAGGCGGCCAUGACACAAGGAGUUCUGAAGACCAGAAAGAUGAGAUCCCGGUGGAGAACUACGUGGCUCAGCGUUACGUGGAAAACCCCUACUUAAUAGGAGGCCGCAAGUUUGACCUGCGAGUCUACGUGCUGGUAAUGUCGUACAUCCCUCUGCGGGCAUGGCUGUACCGUGACGGCUUCGCCCGGUUCUCCAAUACCCGAUUCACACUGAAUAGCAUCGAUGACCACUAUGUUCACCUCACCAAUGUUGCCGUGCAGAAGACAUCGCCCGACUACCACCCAAAAAAGGGUUGCAAGUGGAUGCUUCAGCGCUUCAGGCAGUACCUGGCAUCCAAGCAUGGUCCUAAGGCGGUGGAGACGCUCUUCAGUGACAUGGACAACAUCUUCAUCAAGAGCCUGCAGAGCGUGCAGAAGGUGAUCAUCAGCGAUAAGCACUGCUUUGAGCUGUAUGGCUAUGACAUUCUCAUUGACCAGGACCUCAAGCCGUGGCUCUUAGAGGUCAAUGCAUCUCCUUCACUGACGGCCAGCAGCCAGGAGGACUAUGAACUCAAGACCUGUCUGCUGGAAGAUACCCUACAUGUAGUGGACAUGGAGGCCAGGCUCACAGGAAAGGAGAAGAGAGUUGGAGGCUUCGACCUCAUGUGGAAUGAUGGCCCUGUCAGCAGAGAGGAGGGACCUUCUGACCUGUCGGGGAUGGGCAACUUCGUGACCAACACUCACCUAGGCUGCAUCAAUGAUCGAAAGGAGCAGCUCAGGCAGCUUUUCCGAUCCCUCCAAGUGCAGAAGAAAGCCCCGAGCUGACCCCCAGCCAGAAGGAGGCCCCGGCAGGUGCCGCCCUGGCCUCUGGCAGCAGGAUUC